UCUCCACUCUCAACUUCACUUCACUCACUUCCCCGGCGAAACCCGAAAACAACUCCGUUUGGUGUCGUACACUCCUCAAACGACAAUGCCUAGCCAUGAACGACUCGUCGUUUUGCUCUCCCUCACUACUCUACUUCUCUUCUCCUCCUUCACUCUCACUUCAACGAAGAAAUCCGCUCAAAACGACAAUACCGCCAACGAAAACGACGACGAGGAUCUCAGCUUCCUGGAGGAACCAGACGAAGCUGCCACCACCGCACACUACCACGCCGACUCCAACUUACCAGAUCCCAACGGCGACGACGAGGACCUCGAACUCGACGAAGACGACAACGAUUACGGCGACUUCUCCUCUUACUCCCCCUCGCACUUCGAGGCAGAACAACCGCCGUGGGAUGUGGACGACAAAGACGUCGUCGUAUUGAAGGAACGGAACUUCACGACCGUAAUUGAGAACAACCAAUACGUGAUGGUGGAAUUCUACGCGCCAUGGUGCGGACAUUGCCAAGCGUUGGCGCCGGAGUACGCCGCUGCCGCCACGGAGCUGAAGAACUACGGCGUCGUCCUGGCAAAGAUUGACGCCACGGCGGAGCAAGAAGUGGCGCACGAGUACGACGUUCAGGGCUUUCCCUCCAUCUUCUUCUUCGUCGAUGGAGAGCACAAGCCUUACACUGGCCACAGGACAAAGGAUGGUAUUGUGACUUGGGUUAAGAAGAAGAUAGGGCCUGGGGUGUACAACAUUAGUACGGCGGAUGAUGCCGAACGCAUAUUGACGUCUGAGAAUAAAGUUGUCUUGGCCUUCCUCACCACUCUAGUUGGUUCUGAGAGUGAGGAGCUAGCUGCUGCAUCCAAACUUGAGGAUAAUGUCAAUUUUUAUCAAACUGUGGUUCCUGAUGUUGCAAAGCUUUUCCAUAUUGACCCAGAAGCUAAACGCCCUGCUUUGGUGUUGGUUAAGAGGGAGGAUGAGAAGCUCAGCUAUUUUGAUGGCAAAUUCGUAAAAGCGGAAAUAGCAGACUUUGUAGCCAUCAACAAGCUUGCCUUGGUUACAACUUUCUCAAAAGAAACUGCCCCAUUAAUCUUUGAAAGUAAAAUCAAGAAACAGUUGUUGCUGUUUGUGACUAAGAAAAAUUCAGAUAAGUUUUUUCCAAUUUUCGGAGAAGCAGCAAAACUUUUCAAGGGGAAGCUGGUCUUUGUUCAUGUGGACAUGGACGAUGUAGAUGCUGGAAAGCCUGUAGCAAGCUUCUUUGGCAUCACAGGAAAAGGUCCCAAAGUACUUGCAUAUAUUGGAAAUAAUGAUGGGAGAAAAUUUUUAUAUGAUGGUGAGGUGACUGUUGACAAUAUUAAGGCAUUUGGUGAAGAUUUUCUUCAUGACAAGUUAAAACCUUUUCUCAAGUCAGAUCCAGUUCCAGAAACUAAUGAUGGUGACGUAAAAAUUGUUGUCGGGGAUAACUUCGAUGACAUUGUCUUGGAUGAGUCAAAGGAUGUUCUCCUUGAGCUUUAUGCUCCUUGGUGUGGCCACUGCCAAGCACUGGAACCAACAUACAAUAAACUUGCAAAGCAUCUACGUGGUAUUGAUUCUAUUGUGAUAGCCAAGAUGGAUGGUUCAACAAACGAGCAUCCCAGGAUAAAGACUGACGGAUUCCCCACAAUUCUCUUCUUCCCAGCAGGAAAAAAGAGUUCUGACCCUAUUACUGUCGAUGUGGACCGUACGGUGGCAGCAUUUUAUAAGUUCCUGAGGAAACAUGCAUCAAUCCCAUUCAAGCUCAAGAAACCAACCUCAACUUCUAAAGCAGGUUCUGGUGUCAAGGAUGAACUAUGAGGAGUAGAAUGGCAUUUCUAUUUAUAGUUACUUAGAGAGAUGAUAGCAUAGUUACACAAAUUGCAGGAGGAAUGGAAAAGAAUGCUAGAGAAUUCAGAACUAAGAGGUAACGUGUAUUUGGGGUGAGAAUUUAUUUAUUUAUUAAUUUAUAGAUUGAAAGAACCUUGAAAUCUUAGUAUAUAAUAUGUUCACUUAAAAGGGGUACAAGAAUAAA